CUACUAUUUGGAAUCAGCUUUGUGUUUCUCAUGUUUUCACUGGAGUAUAGAUCGCUAAUUGCCACUUACGUAAGCUGUGGUUUCGUGGGGUUCUUUUUCAAUGGAUAUUUGCCAGUUGGUUUUGAAUUAGGUGUAGAGUUGACCUUUCCUGCACAGGAAGUAACAACAUCAGGCAUUAUAGUGGCUUCUUCGCAACUUGUUGGUGUAGUCGUGACAGUGGGAGCAGGAUAUCUCAAUUUAUGGUUGGGUCCUAUGUGGACAAUGGCUGUGCAAGCGGUCUUUGUAUUUUUAGGCACUCUCAUCACUGUUUUCAUACCAAACAAAAUGUUGCGACAACAAGCUAUUGAGGGUAGAGUUGUUAAUACCGAAA